AUGAUCAUGUUGAGCAGCCGCUUCUCCGUGGAGUCCGAGAGGAGAGGGCAUCAGACGGAGGCGCUGAUGCUGGACAACGAGGAGCUUCACGAUACGGUGCGGGGCUUGCAGCGGCAGCUGCAGAGCUACGCUGUGGAGACGCAGAGCCUGAGAGAGGAGCUCCUGGAAGUACAGGGCUCCUGGAGGGUCGACCUGUUGCGUCAAGUCCAGGGCUUCUGGAAAGACGACGCGGGCGAAUUUUACGGCGGCGCCUGUGUUGAGUUCUCGGAGAACGGCUGGAGAGUGCACGAGUCGUCCCUCCAUCUUCGCUCGAAGACGGCACGCUCGGAGGCGAUGCUCGGGUCGGCCGUCUACACGUGGAGGAUCGAGCCUCCGCGCAUCGUCCUCCACGAGCAGAGGCAGGACGGCGGGGAGUGCCGCGAGCUCGUGCUGACCGUGGGCGGGCAGGGCCUCCUCGUCGUGCGCUGCCCCGUGGAGAGCUCCGUCUGGAACCUGACGCCCGACAGCCGCCGGUCGGCCCUGUCGCCGUUCGGCCGCGCAUCGCGCAGCCCCGGCGCGCGGGUGCCGCCGAGCUCGUGCGGCACCCCGGCCAGCCCGUGCAGCCCCAGCAUGGCCGCCGGCGACGGCGAGGAGGUGCCGGGGCAUGAGCCGCUCGAGGCCGAGGAGGUGCGCAGGCUGCGCGAGGAGCUGGCGGAGGGCGAGUGGAAGCUGCGGGAGGCGGAGGGCUGCGUCGCGCAGUACCAGCAAGCCCUGGCCGAGAACUCGGAGCUGCGCGCCGCCCUGCAGCACGAGAGGGAGAGGUCAGCGACCAGGCUCUCGAGGAUUUCCAGCUUGGAGCAGGACGUCGAGGCAUUCUCCUCCUGGGGUCCGCCCCAGGCCGCCGCGGAGACCGCUCGCGGCAGCGGCCACAAGCGGCCGAGCUUGGCGGCGGAGCUGGCCAGCUUCCACGGUGGCCCAGGCGAGGAGGAGCUCGGCGGCGACCUGCAGGCCGAGCUGCACCGGCUGCGGGACUUCGCCCGGCGCCACGAGCAGGCCGCGGAGGCCCGCGGCGCCUGCGGCCAGGCCCCGGCGGCCGAGCCGCGCCCGCCGGCGGGCGGGGAGGCCACGCCGGGCUCCGAGCCGGAGCCCGACAUGGCCGAGGUGCUGUCCCUCAUGGGCCAGCUGGGGCAGUUGGCGGGCGCGUUCCACAGCUUCGGUGCCGCCCCGCCCGGCGCGCACCGCGGCUAG